AACACGAGCGUGUGAGUGUGUGAGUGACAGCAUAGCAAAAGAAGCGCGAAAGUAACAAAACACACGAUGGCCGAUACCGCAGCAACCGAAGUACCAACUGCAGCAGCAGCAGCCCCAGCAACUGUGGCCAAGUCGCCGAAGAAGCCAAAGGCGGCGGCAGGACCCAAGAAGCCGAAGCAGCCGGCGGCUCAUCCUCCGGUGAACGAGAUGGUGCUGGCCGCUGUGAAGGCCCUGAACGAACGCAACGGAUCGUCGCUGCAGGCGAUCAAGAAGUACGUGGCGGCCAACUACAAGGCCGACGUGACCAAGCUGGGCACCUUCUUCAAGAAGGCGCUGAAAAGUGGCGUCGCUAGUGGCAAGCUGGUUCAGACCAAGGGAACCGGAGCUUCGGGCUCGUUCAAGCUAUCGGCCGCAGCCAAGAAGCCGGUGGUAGAGAAGAAGAAGGCAGCAGCUCCGAAGAAAUCUGCGUCCGCUGGGGACAAGAAGAAGAAGAGUGCAGCCAAGAAGCCGGCCGGUGAGAAGAAGGUAGCUGCAAAGAAGACCACCAAGAAGGCUGAGGGUGGCGCGGCCAAGAAACCCAAGGCAGCAGCUGCUGCCAAGAAGCCCAAGGCCGCCGCCGCCGACGGUGCGAAGAAAGCCGCCAAGAAGCCAGCAGCAGCAGCACCCAAGCAGAAGGCGACCAAGCCAACCAAAGCCGCGGCAGCCAAGCCGAAAGCACCGAAGCCAAAAAAGGCAGCAGCAACUCCCGCCAAGAAGGCCACUGCCCCGAAGAAAGCUGCUGCACCGAAGAAAGCAGCCGCUCCAAAGAAAGCCGCAGCCAAGAAGUAAAAGGGGUUACUU